AUGAAGAAUAAUUAUGUCAAAGAAAAUUUCUCAAAACCUAAUGACUAUUUGGAAGGGACUCAAGAUGAAUUGAGAGGCAAAAUUAAGGUCUUGAUGAAUAAAUUGCAAGUCACCAAGAAAGAAAAGGAGAUUUUAAGCAAGGAGAAUCAAAAUCUACAAUAAGAAAUACUACAGAUGCAAUCAAAUCUUAGAUGCAUGGUUUCUGGAUUUGCAAAUACAAGCAUCACAUUUCCCAUGACAAAUGAAUUAAGUAAUUCCAUAGCAGAAUUUUACAAAUGUGAAUGUUUUGAUAUUUUUUUUGAUGUUCUAAGUCAGGAAUUAAACAUGAAGGGGAUUAUCUAUUUUUUCUAAACUGCCAUGUAUCGAAUAGAUAAAAUAAUUAAUGACUAUUUUACACCCCUAUUCAAAAAUAUUAAAGAUGUUGGCUGUUUAACUACAAUUGAGGGACCCAUCAUCAAUGUACUGAGAAAAUCAUUUCAGAGUAAUUACAAACAAAUCUAUGAAAAAUGCAUGGUGAAUUUAGGCAGUGUAACAAUAGAAUUGUAAAAGAGUCUAAGGUUAAACAAUGGCGAUAUCAUUGAAUCUUUUUUAAACAAAUUGUCAGAAAUAAUGUUCAAUUGUUACAUAAGUGAUCCAAAUCUAUAGUUUGAUAUCCAAUCGAUUGGUCAAAAACAAUAGUUUAAUUAAUGUAAGAAUGAUCCUAUUGAUGGAUUCAUCAAGAAUAAAGAAGAAUGUAUUAUAUUAAUGCCUGGAGUGUAUAAAAAUUAGGAGUAAAUGGCGAAGUCUCUAGUAUUAUCAUAUUCCUAUUAAUUAGAAAAUAACUGA